AAUCCUAAUAUAAAUCAAGCAAUAGUCGUUUUAAAGAAAAGGAUGGAGCUCUCACGAAAUUUCAUCGUUUGUAAUUUAAAACACUUCCUCCUGAGUUCAACUAAAAAAUCAUAUGUGCAACAAACAAGAUACAUUAGAUUAGCCGAAGUUGGAAAACUCGAAACUCCCAAGUUGCAAGGAAAAUAUGAAACGGGUCAGUUGAUCUUACAUAGAGUUUUUGGUUACCGGGGAGUAAUUUUAUUUCCAUGGCUAGCAAGAGUAUACGAUAGGGAUAUACCAAAUAAAAAAGAAGAAAACAGCGAUAGUAACUUUAACAGUGUGGGUAAAGAAGUAAAAGGAAGGACACACACAUUUUAUCAGGUUCUAAUAGAUCAAAGAGAUUGUCCGUACAUACGUGCUCAAACAGAAGCAGUCACAUUUUUGGGUAAUCACGAGAGUAGCCGCAGUCUAUAUGCAAUACCAGGCCUAGAUUAUGUUGCCCAUGAAGAUAUUUUGCCAUAUACUACAAAUGAGAAAACUGCAUUGCAACAUGAACUUUUUGAUAAGUUUUUAACUUAUGAUUCAAACAGAGAUCCAUGUUUUAUUGCACAAGAGACAUUGAAAGCAUGGCAAAAAAAGAACCAUCCAUGGUUAGAAUUGUCCGAUGUUCAUAAAGAAACAACAGAAAAUAUACGUAUUACUGUGAUACCAUUUUAUAUGGGUUGUAGAGAAAAUCAAACUACAUCCGUUUAUUGGUGGCGAUAUUGCAUUCGUUUGGAAAAUUUAGGAGAUUUGAGUGUACAAUUAAGAGAAAGGCAUUGGAGAAUAUUUAGUCUUUCAGGUACAUUAGAAACUGUCAGAGGAAGAGGAGUUGUAGGGCAAGAGCCUGUACUAUCUAAAACCUUGCCCGCAUUUCAAUAUAGUAGUCAUGUUAGUUUGCAAGCUCCAAGUGGUCAUAUGUGGGGAACAUUUAGGAUGGAGAGAGAAGAUGGAUAUGCAUUCGAUUGUAGAAUACCACCUUUUUCUUUAGAAUCGAAAACAGAAGAGACCCCCAUACCAGAUGUGGAAUCAUGAUAUUUUUAUGAAACAAUUUAGAAACAUUCAACAAGAUCCUUUAUACUUUCUGUUUUUUAGCAAAGACUUUGUACACUCUGCGAUAUAACAGCUGUCUAAAUCGAGAAUUACUUAAUUAUACAUCUCUUAUUCUUUUUAGUUUCA